AUGGUGGACAACCUGGUAGCCAGACGAGAAGCGGAAAAGGCGCUAGGCAUUUUCGAAAAGUAUAACACCAAGUUUUACCAGACAAUUGAAACGCACAUCAAGCCAAAGUUCCAGCACUGGUUAACAUCCCCUCCUCAAACCGACGAAAAUUUCUCGGCUACACUCGAUCAGCUAAAGAAGGCGGAGCUGGAAUACAGCUCAUGUCUGGAGCAAGUUGAAAAGUUGAGAAAGCUCACCGGACUGGAUGAGGAGACCGCAUUGAAGACCGAGAGGGACCAAGUUCUCCUCGAAGCCAUGCGAGACCUGUUAGAGCAAACGCGCAAAAGAGCGAGUGUGGUCCUCGGGAAGGUAAAGUUAUCCAACCAUCUGGUGGAAUCAUACUCGUUAGUGCAACUGGAAAAUGGGAAUUACGAGUGGCCCCGUGUCUUCGACACUCCCUUAUCCAACACUGAGGAACAAUCAACACCUUCAGGAGAGGAUUUACCUUCAAACCAAGUGCAACAUCCUCAAGUCAUCUUGCCGACUAAUUUCACCACUCAGUAUGAAGACCAGUUUUACAACGAGUUGGCAGCAAGUAGCAGCAGGCCCAUCGUUUCGCCCGAUAAUCCGGCGUCCCCGCUUGGCCAACACACUGCACACACUAACUCGUCAAACGCAUCACAAGGAGGUACAAGAAAUGCACCACUUCAGACGCAAGAGACAACGACUGCACCCACACAACUGGAGCAGUCUUUGCUCGCCGCCUUGGUCAAGCAGUUUCAGCCUCUGAUGCAACAAGCCAUCAACGAUGUGAUGAGCAAAACAAUGGCCGAUUCCGUGCAUCAAUCAGCCGGACAGAGGCACCAACAUCAACCAGAACCGGAUGCUGAAAGAUCCUCUAGCCGUCGCAGAGAUAAUCCAACACGCCGGUCGUCCUCCCGUUCUCGCGAUGACAGACGCAGAAGACGUAGACGACGAACAAGAUCCUACAGUUCGUCAUCCAGGUCAAGCUACGAUUCUGAUCGGGAAGACAGAGAUCACUCCCCCAGGAACCAUCGUCGGAGCAGUCGCCGAGUAAUCGAGCACAGGUCUGAUCCUGAGUUCGAUACCAGGUGUGCGAUCAAUGUAUUCCAAAAGGGACAGUUUAUAUGCAAAUGUAAAGAGUACUUUGAGAUGAGAGGCUCUCUCACCAAAGGUCUCCCAAAUCCGUCCGUCGAGAAGAUGAAAGAUUCGGAACAUUCGACAUGGCUGGUCUUCUUAACUCAUUUCAAUAUAGAUGUUGGGAACAACCCUAGUUUCCCACCAGCAAAGAAGAAUGCAUUCCUUCGCGAUCGACUCCUUCCAGCAGAAAGACUGGUGGCUCAUAUCGCGGAUCCUCAUCUUCAAUCUUACACUCGGACCAUGCAAGGGCACUUCUCUCCUUCAUAG